AUGGGCAAGCUUCUCUGCGACCCUUCCGCCGCCGCCGUCGCCGAGGCCCUGCCUCCUCCGUCCCCAGCCCCCGCUCCGCCGCCGCCGCUCCUCGCCUGGUCCACCCCGCCCCCGGCCGCCUCCCCCGAGCCCUCCACCUCGCCCACGGGCUGGGACGCGGUCUGGGCGCUCGAGGACCAGCAGCGCCGCCGCCUCCACCGGAUCUGGGAGCGCGGCGUCGCGUGGAAGCCCUCCUCGCCGGGCGCCGGCGAGGCUCUGGCUGCGCCGGCGCCCGUGGUCGUCUUCCGCCUCGACCACGGCGGGGAGGUCGACGCCGAUGGCAACUGCCUCUUCACCGCCGCGCGGACGGCCGCCGCGGCCAAGGCGGACGCGCGCGAGCUCAGGCACCGCGCCGUGCGCCGAUUCGCCGAGGUCUACGCCGCCGCGGGGGAGGACGACGAGGCCGCCGUCGACGCCGCCGUGAGGCACCUCUACGCGCCGGAUCUCAAGGCCGGGUGGGGCGUACACGUCGUGCAGGAGAUCAAGGUGCUCGUGCCCAAGGCCCAGCGUGACUCGCUCGACGCCGCCAUCCAGGAGCUCGUUGAUCUCGGCAUCCAAAGGGAAAUAGCAGCUGAAACUAUCUACAAGGAAAGAUGUAUCACUGUGGACAAUGGGGAUAGUUGGACCAAGUACAUGUCCAUUUCUGGUUCUGCAGAGGAUGAGCAUGAUAUUAUCACCCUGCAGUACACAGAGGAGGGGUUACUGACAAUAGAUGAGAACCGAGAUGGCCGUGCAGCUGCAUUUGGUGAUGAUAUUGCCAUUGAAUGCCUAGCAACUGAGUUCAAGAGAGAAGUUUACGUGGUGCAAGCUCAUGGAGCGGAUGCAAUGGUUGACGAGGAUAACUGUGUGUUCUUCCUCCCACAUCGUCCUAGAGGAGAAAUUUGUGAACCACCAAUUUUUCUUUUCAUGAAAGGAACAGCAUGGUGUGGUGCUGGUGCCGACCAUUAUGAGCCUUUGAUCGCCACUGUCCUCCAGCAUGUUACUCCAGACAAGGCAGCUGUUGUCCUUUGA